AUGGAAAAGACAGAUGACCAGAACUGUCAGGGUAGACAUGAAGAGGACAACCCAAAGAGUUCCCCAUUUGACUUUGUUAUAAAACAGUUCCAAGGAAAGAAGUGUGCUCCUGAAAAAAGGAAAGAGCAGCCUUCAGCCAUCAAAGAAUUCUUCAAAAGCUUUGACUUUGGGAAAUCUGAAGGCAAGGACAGAAGGGAAAUUGAAGAAACAGAAAUAAGCAGUGAUGGAGCUGAUGAUCAGAGUGAAAAGCAAGAUCUCUCUGUAGAAGAUGGACAUUCACAUCACACUUCUGAAGAAGAGUCACCAUCUGGUGAGCAGAGAUUUAACCAGUUCAUGGAGAAACUGGGAAAGAAACCCAGCAGCAAGAAUCUGGAUCUAAAUAAUUGUGCACUAAGUGCAGCAGAUGUAACAGAGCUAGCUUCUUUACUGCCGUUUCUCCCAGAGCUGGAAGAGCUCAGCCUGUCCUGGAAUGGUUGUGUUGGAGGCACUUUGAAAGCUCUCACUGUCCAUCUUCACCACGUGAGCCUGUUAAAAGUCCUCCGACUUAACAACUGCAGGCUGACAGCUGAGGAUGUCAUCUCCUUAGGAGAAGCAUUUGAAAUUGUUUCUCAGCUUGAAGAACUGGAUUUAUCAUGGAACAGUAACAUUGGUGGAAAACUAUCACUGCUGACAAAAAAACUUCAGGAAGGAUGCAAAUUAAAAUGUCUGAAAAUGACGGACUGUAACCUGACAGCAAAGGAUGGAGAAUCCCUUGCUGAACUUCUAAAUGUGAUCUCAAACCUCGAAGUAUUAGAUAUCUCCAUCAACAAAAACAUUGGCUGCAGCAUGAAGAUUAUUGCUCAGGAUCUGAAAAAUGUACCAGGCUUGAAAGAGUUAAACUUGCACAUGUGUGGAUUAAAGCAAGACAGCCUCCAGGGCUUAGACACUGCUUUACAGCACCUUGCAGAGCUAAGGAAAUUAGACAUCUCGUGUAACAGAGAGAUUGGUGGUGGCUUUAAAGCAUCAACAGCUCAUUUGGCCAGCUUGAAAAAUCUGGAAGUCCUUGAUCUUCAUCAGUGCGGUGUCACAGAAGAGGACAUGACUGUUUUGUCCCAGGUGAUACCUUUACUCUCCAAUCUUCAAGAGCUGAAUUUAUCCUCGAAUAAAAAUGUAGGACUCUCAUCAGAUCCUCUUCUGGGCAGGCUCAGGUUUUUACCAAAGCUGAGAUCUGUGACCAUCAGCAAUUGUGGCUUAGGUGAAGAGUCGCUUUCAUCUCUAGCUGAGGCCGCCCUUCACCUUCCUGAACUGGAGAUAUUAGACCUUUCUUGGAAUAAGUGCGUUGGUGGGAACCUAAAGCUGCUUUUGGGAGCACUAAAGCUUGCAACGGAGAUUCAAGUGUUAAGACUGAGCAGCUGUAACCUGCUGGCUGAAGAUUUGGCACUUCUAACAUCCCUGAGGCAAGAUGGCCACUUGGCCAGAUUGCAGAAGCUGGAUUUGAGUUAUAACAACACCAUCCCUGAUGAAGGCUGGGCUGUUUUCUGCCAAGGUUUAGGAGCAUUCAAGGAACUCUCGGAGCUGGAUGUGAGCCUGAGUCCAUCGUCCUGCCGGGACUGUGGGCUGUGGUUUGGGGACUUGUUGGCAGCACUGACCCAGCUGCCAGCCUUGGCAGAGCUGGCCAUGCAAAGAUGGGCCCUUUCAGAGUCCCAGAGGAAGCAAAUGGAAGGCUUUAAUCAAGACAACAAAAGAAACAUUCGUUUUGACUGUUGGUGA